AUGGCCUCGAUGUACUUCCAACACACCUCUCCCCGAGUCUGGGACUACCUGGAGCAGAUGGACGCUGACUGGGUCCAUGAAUCCUCUAUCCUCUCCAACGGCAAUGUCAAGUCUGGAGAGCUCACCUGGGGAGCCCAACUCAGCUAUUUCCCCAAGCAAAAGCCCGUGUCGACCCGCCCCCGUUCGCUGAGGAGAGAGCCCAGCGAUGCCUCCUUCAGGGGCCACCGAAGCGAAUUCCUUGCUCGCCGUGACAAUAUCGGUCGAGACAGGAGCGCCUCCAACGGCAGCUUCAGCUCCAUUUCCACCACCUCCGGACUGAGCUACAGCCCGUCAAGCCACGAUGGCCCAACCGACUUGAGCUCUGUCAUCCAAAACCUCAGCUCCCAGCUUGGCUUUGACCUGAACGAAACGUUCAAUUGUGCAAAGCAGUACGGCAAGCCCAUCAAGUCAGCCAAAGCUCUGCCAAAGUCUGCCCCCGUGGCCACCUCCCCAAACGUCAACGCCAAAGCUGCAAAGACAUCCAAUGUCCGACACGAGUUCGUCGUCCGGGUUCCGCAUGUGCAGAAGCCAGCGCCAGCAACGACCGUCGAAUAUGACACUAUAUUGUCUGCCUUGAACAACCCUGUUAAUGCUGCAGCUGCAGCUGCAGGUGUCGAUGAAACGUCCAAAUCCGCCCAUGAGAACACCGGAACCAAAGAAGCUGAUGCAAAGAAGAUCAAAAGGACGCGUAAGGUAUCGUUUGCGGAAGUCAUUCAGGAACUUCCCACUCUAACGGAGACUGAGGCGGGCACAGAGCCAGAGAUGGUCCUAGACGAUAGCGGAAGCGACAGUGACAGUGACAGCGACAGCGUUCCCGAGGCAGUUUUCCUGAAUAUCGAGAAUGCGACACAAAAUGCGCCUCGCGUUCGACAUGUGGAGAUUCGAGACGCCGAAGAUGAGGAGAAGGACUAUAUCACCAUCUAUCACUCUUGA